GCCAAAUUCAGAGCAAGAAACGAACUAGCAAUAUGAGCCAAUUAUCGCUAAUUGUGAUGUGCGUGAGGACAAUCCAACUGCAUGUAUCCCAGUUAUUCUGCGAUCGCCCUUCUCCAGGUUCAAACUCUUUCAUGCUCGUAGCUCCGCAACCUUCCUUUCCUAUCACGAUCAAGUUGCACAGAAAUAAUACAGAAAAUAUCAACUUGACUGGACAGCCUUCCUUAUGUGAUACAGAAAUCUUUGCGAAAAAUUAAACGGUGUUGGAUGCAGGCGUUGGGCAUUGGACGUUGGGGGAGCGAAGGGGGGGCUUGUAAGGAAGACUGCAUCAGCUACAACCUCCUCUCAAGCUGUGGUUUUCUGUGCCUAUAUUAUCCUACCACAGUUCGCUACAAAAGACAUUGUUCUCUCACCUCAUUCCAGUUUUGACAUCGGAAAUCCUCAAGAUACAAGCAGUACCAAAACAUCCUUUUCAACUUGUUUUCAACUCCUUCGAUACAAAUCCAACACCAAAACACCAUCUCUAUCAUACGUCACAUAUCGCUACCAUGAAGUACUCCAUGCUCCUCGUCAUUGGACUUUUCACGGGCAUCUUUGGAGCUCCUUUGAAUGGUUUGUAUAUAGCAUCACUUUCUGGUGAUAUUUUGCUAACAGUUGUAGUUAUUCGUCAAGGCACUGCUGAGGUCACUUGAAUGACCGAAAUUUCUGACAAUGAUGUCGUCUGGCCUGAGUUUAAGGCUGAUUAUCCGCAAUCUGUGCCUGAGGAAAAAGUUUGAAGUUUGGGUGUAGUUGGAAACAGUAUAAUGUUGAGCAACCACGUCUGUCUUGGGAGACAAUCAGGCAGUCAUGUAU